AUGACCCACUCUCCCAAGCCUAACAAACGGAGCCUCCUGGAGAAGCUGGACCUCACCAAGCCUCUCUACUCUGGUAGCAUGUUCAAACAGUCUCACAUUCCACCCAAGAGCUUCAACAAGCGAUUCUUUGUCCUCUUCCCCAAAGUCCUGGUCUACUACGAUACAGAGAAAGACUUCAACAGAGACGUAGCCAGCAAGACUCUAGCGCAUCGACACAAGGCCAUUCUCACUGACCAUCUCUACCUGUCCAAACCUGACAAGAAACCAGCUGGAGCAAAGUUUUGUUUCAUUCUCCACGCUCCCCACGCACACAACGAGAGAAAUGACUUCCUGCUAGUGGCGGAGACGAGAGAGUCACGACGAAAGUGGAUGGACCACCUCCAGGAACAGAACCCCCACCUCAAGGAGAGCGAUCAUCACCACAGGGGGUCCUCAUCAUCUGGCUCUCAUUUAGCUGUUCCUCAGGCUCGGAGGUUGAGGGCGGACAGCAUGACUCCUGAACCAACUGAAAUGGACUCCGAUGUACAAUCCAUGGACAUUUCCGAAGCACGUAGCGAUGAUGAAAGUUAAACUCUAGGACACAAAUUAUAGUUUUUAUUUCCUGCUCCCCAAACUCUAUAAUAUAAUUAUGUGUUGCUAUUAUCAUUGGAUUAUACGCCCUUGAUUAUACUUGAUUUGUUCAAA